GCAGCCGCUUCACACAGAGGCCCGAGCGGUGGCGCGCACACACACGGUGCGGUCCGUCGUCUGGUGCUGCUCGAACGGUGCGUUCCCGGUCGCUCGGGGACACUCGCUUCAUUUUCGUUCCGGCGUUCGAGCGUGCAGCACACGCGGUCGCAUGAAGUAUCACCCAAGAUUGCACGGUCGUUCAAGACAAGACAUACAGUGGAGAGAUAGUGUUAAACACCACUUGAGGUACAACACAAGACAUUAAAUAGUGCCAGUGAAAGGUGCAGUGUGUGUGUGUGUGUGUGUGUGGUCGAUAAAAGAAAAAAAGAAAGAAUAAUCCUUUUUGUCGCACGGACGGAAAGCGAACGCGAAAGGUGUUCAAUCAAUUAAUUAUCCUUCCCGGCGCAGUGAAGUGAACACAAUUUGCCAAAAUAAAAAAAAAGGAAUACGAUGGUGUGAAACAGCACAGAAACCAGAUCAGUGGCAGUGUAACACAAAGAUAAACACAGUUUGCUGGAGGGCACCGACAACUUAACGUUGCUGUAGUGCGGGGUGAUCUCGAACCAAGAAGGAACAACGGUCGCGUGUCAACUUGGUGUCGCUCUUUCACUUCCCCGCUCGUACGCUCGUUCGCACGUGCCAACGCGCCAGUAAGUGCGAUUUGUGUGCUAGUGUACUCUUUACAGUGGCCAGCACAAGCACGGUGUUGUCCUAGGAGCUUCCUAACGGCCAAGAGUAAAGCCACCAUUCCAACAAAGUCGUGUGUGUGUGUGUGUGUGCGUUUGGAGUAACUUUUAAAGUAGCUCCGUCCCUUCCAGCGCGGCCUGCACCUACUUUGCGCGGGGCAAGGUCGUCGACGGCAUUUCGAUCGACGGCCACAGAAACGAGUUUUCCGCUACCUGUGGUUACGCGUGCCUGUAGUGCGCUUUGUGUAUGUGUGUGUGUGUGUGUGCGUGCAUUCCUAAAAAAAGUGCAACUUGCAGCAAAUUGCCCGAGCUUGCCCGAUCACAACUGGUGGCACACCUCGCGAGAAAAGAAAGGCCAAGAAAGAAAGCCCACGUGUGUAACGCUGCGUAACGCCGUCACCCCUAGUAACCAUCGCGCUCGCUGUCCUAGUAACGCGACGUUUCGCCGUUGCUAGCGUGCAUCAUCGGAAAGUGAGUGAGAAUUUAGAGCGUGAACUAGAUAACGAGUGCGUAACGUGUGUUCGUGUGGCUGUGUGCAGCAAAAAAAAGAAAAAGAAAAAAGAAAGCAAAAUCUGCAUUUUCCACUCCUCACGCACUGUGGUGACAAUCGGUGCUCUCAUUCACCGCGUGUGCGUGUGUGUGUGUGCAUGUGUAUGUGUGACAAUUGCUAGUGAACGUAGCACAACCUUACAGUGCUGUAACAGCGGCUCCCUUUGGAGUGGCAGUUUGUGGACCCGCUCUGUUCGUUCCUUUCGUGCGCGCGUCUGAUCUCACCAUGACCCUGCCAACGAACAGUACGUCCACCGUGGCCGAGGACGACUCGGACAUGUUUGGGCCGCCCCACUCGUCGCCGCCGAUCCGCCGCAACCGGCCGAAGGUGCCGAUGAUCUCGCCCCAGCUGAAGCAGCGCGAGGUGCGCAAGCGGAUACUGCAGCUGUGCGUGCACAAGCUGGAGCGCAUCAAGGACUCGGAGCGCAAUCUGCGCCGCUCGGUGUGCAUCAACAACACGUACUCGCGCCUCACCGACGACAUACGGCGCGAGAAGCAGCACAAGCUGCUGAUGCUCUCCAGCCUCGCCAAAUCCACCGACAGCAGCAGAAAGCAGCUCGACGAGGACGACGUCUCGUCGGAGGACUGCAUCAACAACAACAACAACAUUACCAAUGCCAACAACAACAACAACAACAGCAGCAGCAGCAACAACAACACCAAUGGCAGCCAUCUGCAUCACCACCACCAUCACCAUCACCACCACCAUCACCAUCGCCACCAUCACGACGAGCUCGGCGAGUUCGUGCACAACAAUGAAAACAUGAACAACAACUGCCAGCUGCAGCACAACCACAACCUCGCCUCGCAGCACCACCACAACCACCUCAGCCACCACCAGCACCUGCAGGCCCUGCACCAGCGGUUGGCCCAGUCGCCAAUCGUGUCCAAUGGUUCCACCACCACCACCACCGCCGCCGCGUCGGAAUCGAACGGUGGCGGCGGUUCGGACAGCGCGACCGACCGGUCACCGUCCAGCCCGGUCAGCCAGCGCAAGCCGGCCGCCUCGUCGGUCGAGGCCGAUCUCGAGACGCUCGACCGGGAGCUGUGCGCGCUGGACGCGGCCAUGCCGCUGGUCGACCCGGAGAUUACGCAGGGCGCGGAGCAGCUCGAGCAGGCGAUGGUGUCGCGCAAGCGCAAGUUCGCCUCGAUCGACGACGACGACAGCGACCGGCUGGUGCGGGAGGCCCUGUCCCAGAUCUACUUCCCGAGCGCCGGCCGGCUGCUGACCGGCAUCGACGACUGCCCGCCGGCGACCGAGGAGCGCCGGGAGGAGGACGAGCAGCAGCAGCGCACCAACGCUGGCGACGCUGCAGCAGCGGCCGCCGCCGCCGCCGACUGUAUCUCACCGAAACGACCAAAGAUUGGCGACCUGCUCGAGCAUCACCAAAGUCAGCAGCAGCAGCAGCAGCAGUUGCACUCCUUCUCCCACCCGUUCCUGCACCCGUUCCAUCCGCUGCCGGAUCUGGCCGGGUUCGACUACCAGGUGCACCAUCACCACCAGAAGGAGUUCGAGGUGAUCAUGGACGCGCUCCGGCUGGGCGUCAGCAACGGGGGCGCGAUGGCGGCCGCGGCCGUCGUCGCCGCGACGUCGGCGGCAGGUGCGGCGGCGGCCGCAGCAGCAGCGGCAGCGGCGGCCGCGGCCGCCACCGGCAACGCCACCGGCACGGCGAUGAUGGGCUGCUGCGGUGUGGCCGGCAGUGCCGCUGGCAGUGGGAACGGCCCGUCGGCCGGCGUCGGUCUGCUGGCGGGCGCGGCCGGCACCGCCUCCUGCCAGGGGACGGUGGUGGGUGGUGGCGGGGUCGGCGUAGGAGCGGGCGGUGCCGUCGAUUCCUGCGGCCAGGCGGCCAUGCUGAUGGGCGGCCCGGACGGCGGGGCCAGCGUGUUCCACAAUCUCGUCGUUACGUCGCUGGAAACUUGAAAGUAGGCCACCAUCGACCGUGAAGUCGGCGGCGUCGUCGUCGAUGCUCUGGUUGCCUAUGUGUGUGUGUGUGUGAGGGCUUACUUCAGUGCUUAGUGCUGUGGCCACUAUCGCCCUCUCACCUUCCCACUCUCCUGUCUACUCCAUUCGGCGCGAUAAACACGCGAACGUAAUUCUUAAUUUAUUUACCCCUCCAAAACUGCGCGCGCUCUCUCUCUUUCUCUUUCUCUCGGAACGGGAAAUUGAUUUCACUUUUGCGCUUCCGUAGCGCAAUGAUAAGCGCCAAGAGAAGUGACGCGCGCAAAAGAAGGAAAGACGGAUAGACAGACAGACGUGUUUGCGGCAGUGGGCAGACUACAAAACAAAACAAAAGGAGAAGGAGAGUUUGGUGGCCACCGUUAUGGUACCAGUACACACACACACACACACACACACACACAUACCCAGGCAGCAAGCGACGGUGACCGUCGCUUAUUAGACCAAUUUUUAUUAUUAUUAAUAUUAUUAUUAUAAAUAUUAUUAUUAUCAUUAUUAUUAUUAUUAAUAUUAUUGUUUAGCGCCAAGAUUAGCAAAGUUUUUUUUGUUUAGGAAAGCCCCCCCAUCCCCUUUUUUAGACCAUUUAAUUUGCUUCCUACCACCAAAACGAUCAUUCAUGCCCGCAUCCUCUCGCCCUCCUCCUCCUCGACCGUUCUUCAUGGCCUAGAGAGAGAGAUGGGGAGAGCGAGGGAGACAGAGAAUACAAACCAAAAGCUUUCUGGCCCAGGGCAGGAAGGGUUUGUUGGGACUAGCUUUGUUUUAAAUUGAUCUUUGUCCUAAUUUUAGUAUGAAUUCGAUUUCAUUCAACCAGCUCCUCCACUUUACCUACUCCAAAUUACCCCCUCUCUACUGUGAACAUUUCUCGGAUCUGUUGUGACAAACAACCGAACACACAGUGCUUGCGAAGCCUGCCAUCCACACGGGGAUGUUUGAAGUUGGAUUCGCGUAACCUUUAGGGCGCCAAAAAAACAACGACGACGACGACGGCUACUAAUGCGCAGCAAAUGUGUGGCGUGUGCAAUCGCAGUAGGCAACAGAAACACAAACACACACUACUUUAACGCGCGUGUUGCGUGGGCUAAAGUGUUGCUGUUGAUCUCUGUCUCUCAUGCAAAACAGGAGGCAAUCAAAUUAUGUGCAAAUAUUUGUGAAUGUGCAAACAAAGCGACAAAGAGCAUCAAGUAGCUCUCAGUUUAAAAAAAGGGCUCUCCAACAAGCUCUGGUAGAAGUUUUGUGACCCGAUUUUUCGCUCCUCAGCCACUGAUGCCUUCCUCCUCUCCCCAUAGUCCGAUCAGCCUCUUCCCGCACACAGUGAAACACGCAGUGCUGGAAUUCGUUUCCGGUAGAUCUUCUUCAUAAACCGUCCACAAACGGCCAGCCCCGACUAAAGCAGCCGCACAUGUUUCCCCUUCCCUCUUCCAUGGCUGUUUCUUUCCCUUACCUUCCCUCUGUUUUUUUUUUUGAGAUCGUCUAACGGUCAUCACGCAACAACGCUGCUUGGCGGCGCGCGCGCUCAGGUGCCGCGCUGUGCACUGGUGGUGGGGGCCAAAGUGAGACAUAAAAUAAGUGAAAGUGGCUCCUCGGCCGCUGGUACGGCGGUGGUGGGCGACACACACACACACUCACACACCCAUAGACACAGAGAGCAGAAGGAAGGAAAAGGAAAAACUCAGAUUUAAAUCGCACACAGCGCUCGGGCCGACCGUGGCUGCGAUUAUUAUGCGCUGCCGACCGCUGCGCUGUGUUGCUUGCUUGAGCGGCUGUGGUGGCUCCAUCUGAUGGGCGAAACGCUUCUGGAGCCCCGCCGUAAGGUUACUUAGAGACUUGAAGGCGCGCGGACGCCUCUAGCCGUUUCUCGCUGUAUGCGGUUGUGACUAGUUUGUCCACCCGCAGAAGGAGCAAUUACACUACUGCUCGAUUUGUCUUUUUUCUCUCUCUCUCUCUUUGCGCGCACCAUACAAUGUUGGUCGCUCCCCAUGUACGUGCCCAGGCUUGAAGGUUUUUUUUUUUUUUUUUUUUACUGCAAACUUUUGCAUCACCAGAAACUUCGAAAAGCUCAAAGCAACAACAAAAAAUGGCACGUGUUGCAUGAAUGGUUUCUUUUUUUUUUAUCGUUCUGUCUCUCUUUCUCUCUCUCUCCUUUUCUCUCUUCCUUUGUCAGUGCUUUAUGCUCUCUUUGUCUCUCUCCCAAGUGGUCAGUGAUAGUACGCCACUUCAAAGUUAACCGCUCGCCUCCCCUCUCAAAUGAUUCAGCGGAGCGCAUCCCCUUUUCCACCAGUGGAAAACCGAAUUCCAACAUCGGCGGGUGGCAAAGCCCCCCUUGCCCUAGAAAAAAAAGAAAAAGAAGAAAAGAAAAACGCCAAGACACGCAGGGACGGACGCGUAACGCGAAGAAGAUAAUGUACCGUUUGCUGUGUAUGUCUCUGUGUGUGUGUGUGUGUGUGUAACUCGUAACGUAUCAAAUUUUUCACCCGUUGUUUUUCCCCCUCCCCUCUGCACCUCCCUCCACCCCGCUGCAUUCCCUUUGGCAGUGCGGUGCUUUCGUCGGUCCCUCGGGGUUUGAGUUGAAAGUUUUCUCACUCUUUUCCUCUGGUGGUGGUUUUUCUUCACCUACUACCCCUUCUGCCUUGAUAGCCGGGCGGGGUGGAGGGAGUAGUCAAACCCCUCUCCCCCCCCCCCUCAUCCUCCGUUCACAUGCUGCCUUUAUUUUCUUUCCAACACUGUUUUGAGCAACAACGCGGCAGAGCUUUUGAAUGUUUUUCGAUUGAUUUGGUUGCUACUGCUGUUCCCUUUCAUCUCUCUCUCUCUCUCUUUUUCUCUUCCCCUACCCUCCAGUUUUUUUUCUGUGAUUUGGUUUUCCGUCUUAUUUUCCUGUUGCUUUCGCUUCUGCCUCUUUAUUCGCUAUCGAGACGGGCGAACGCAGAAGGGUGGUUACAAAGUUACUCCAGCCAACCGGUGCUGGGCUGCUGUUGGGUGCAUAAGUUUGUUUCAAGUUUGUUGUUUUUUUUUUUCGUUUCAUUUUUCAAACGGACUUUUCCGUAGCACUUUUGUGCUAUUUAUGAUGUGCUUUUUUCCUUUUCGUAGUUUUUUUUUUGUUUGCUUGUUUGUUACAAAGAAGCACCACCGAAUUGAGGAUGAUUCCAUUUGUCUCGGUUUCGGGUUUUUUGUUUGCUAGUAUCUUAUCUUCUUCCCAUGUGUCAGUGUGAAUAUUACUGUGGCCAAAAUAAUAAAAAAAAGCAACACGAUUGGAAUCUUGAAGCAGUUAAAGUAGGAGAUGGAGGGCAGGUAAACUGAAACCAAAACAAUUACAAACCAAUUGGAAGCAAUGUGUGAAAGCAAGAAGAAGCAACAAAACAAAAAAAAACACACAAAAGUUAAUCAAAGAAUGUUGUGUACGUUAAGCAAGAAAAGGGUGUAAAACUUAUGUAAACAUGACGUACAGAAACAAACAAACAAACAAAGCAAAACAAUUGUGCCGAUGGGUGGAAAAAAAGUAAAGAAAACAUAAAACAGCAACAACAAUAUCGUUCUUAAGAAUAUAAACGUGAAAACGCUUAUAGGCAAACUCUUACAAUGCGCACUAAACUAGUUGGAGGAGGGAAUAAAAAGCAAAGCGGUGCAAUGCAACAGAACAAGUGGCGUUGUUUGCAACCGAACCUACCAAUGAAGGUACCAAGACAGGUGGAGAAGGAGGUGCGACCUCUCACGGCAAGACCGUGACGACACAAACCCACACAUAACACUCUCGUUAACACUCGCGGGCAGAAUGUUCCGGCUUCGGUUUUGGCACUUUUUAGCAGAAAAAUCGAAGCACUCUUGCAUCCAUACCUACACAAGCUAGAUUAACGCAAUAUUGAGCCCCCUCCCCCCCCCACCCCCGCUCUACCCCCUUAAUAUGUAAGAAAAAGCACACAAAAAUAAUAAUGUAAAACAGAAGACGGGGAUAACAGCAUGGAAGCAGCAUUAAAGAAAAAAAAAAAACAGUCAUAUAGAUCAAGUAGUGGAAAACAGUAGAAACUGGGGGAGAGGGGAGUACAUUUAUAGAGUAGAAAAUCGAAACAAGUGCACACGCAUACACGGACACAAAGAUGAAACAUCAGGAACAAAUACUCUCUUUAUACAAGGUUAGAAAGGGAACAGGGAGAGUGGAAAAAAAGCAAAAGCAACAGCAGCAGUAUAUAGUAACACGGCAGCAAGAAAAAUGCAUUCGCAUCGAGAAGUGGCCUCUUUCCUAACGAAACAACAUCCACGGUCCGCACGGUGGAGGGGGUUGGGAAAGCAACAAACAAAGCUGUUACGACUAAAUCGAACGGAAAUCGUUUUAAAACGUGGUUCAACCGUGGUUAAACAGUCAUACCAAGUACUAUAAACUAUAUAGGAACACGCAAAGCAAACAAAAAAAAAAAAGGAUAUAGGAAAGCAAACAAACAAACCCAGAA